AUGUGUGGAGCCAGUAGUCCUCAGGCCCCUGAUGGGAGUUGGCAGCUGCUGAAGCUGGCCCAAGACCUGGUGCAGAAUGGGGAGUGUGCAGAUGGAUUUGAUUCUCCCAUUCCAGGAAUCCAGGCCCUGACCUGCCAGAAGGGGACACUGAACUCUGUGUAUAAUGCAACUGAACUUCCCCUCCGGUGGACUACUGGCCAGGAAGACUGUGAGGAAGGCUGGGGUUGCCAAGACACACUGAUGCUCAUUCAUAAUGGACCCCAGGUGAAUGUAGUGAUCACCAAGGGUUGCACUCAGGCUGAAGACCAAGAGGCCCGUGUCACGGAGCACAGGGCCGGCCCGGGCCUCUCCAUCAUCUCCUACACCCAUGUGUGCAGGAAGGCAAACUUGUGCAAUGACCUGGCCAACAGUGUGCCCCUCUGGACCCCAUCCUCCACAGCCCCAGAAGGCACGCAGUGCCCCACCUGCUUGUCAAGAGAUGAAUGCAAAGAAAGCGGGACUGAGCUCCCCUGCCCAGCAGGGCUCAGGCAUUGCUACAAUGGCAUCCUCCUGCUCAACGGAGGAGGGAUCUCCACCAGUCUGAGAGUGCAAGGGUGCAUGGCCCAAGGAGGCUGCAACCUGCUUAAUGGGACCCAGGAAAUCGGGCCCAUAAGGGUGAGAGAGAAGUGCAAUCCUAAGGGUGAGUCUUACACCCAGGAGAAGAGGCCCUGCCCUGUGCUGCAGCCUUGGGGUGUGACGCUGUUGUUGUCGUUUGCCAUCUAG